AUGUCAACUUCAAACGGUUCACUAGAUUCAUCAGAAUCAAGUGGGUCUAAUCUUAGGGCUCAGAGAACGGCAUUUGAAAAGCGGUAUCAAAAAUUUUUAGACGAAGUAACCCCAUAUUCUGUGUACAGAUGGACUGCCACUGUUGUUAUAUUGUUAUUAUUUAUGCUGCGCAUUUUCACUUUACAAGGAUUUUACAUAGUAACUUAUGCGUUAGGGAUUUAUCUUCUUAAUCUUUUUCUUGCAUUUCUGCAACCUAAAUUUGAUCCUUCGUUAGAAAUGGAUAUUACAGAAAACGAAGCAGAAGAUGGUCCCUCACUUCCCACUAAAGCUGAUGAAGAAUUUAAGCCAUUUAUCCGAAGAUUGCCCGAAUUCAAAUUUUGGUACUCCUCAACAAAAGCAGUCAUCAUAUCCUUAUUUUGCACCUUUUUCUCAUUCUUUGACAUACCAGUUUUUUGGCCGAUUCUUCUUAUAUAUUUUUGUAUUCUUUUCGCCAUUACUAUGAAACGACAGAUAAAGCAUAUGAUAAAAUACAAAUAUGUUCCAUUUGAUAUUGGUAAAAAGGCAUAUAAUGGUAAAAAAUAG